UUGAGGAUUUACGUACUCGAAAGAGAUAUGCAAGUUGGUUCACCUAAAGGCGCGUUCCAAAGCUACCUCAAUGAAAAGGGUGAACUAGCUCAAGCCUUCCCAACAAGACUCCAUUCUAGUUUGGAAGUCUUUGACUGGCUAUUCUGUGAUAAACCGGAGGAAGGUUUUCAGGUGGAACGUUUCGAAAAGCAACUGCUAUGUAUAUCAGGAUAUUCUUAUUCCAACGGUUCACACAAGGAAAAGGUUUCCCAGAAUUACUUGGUCAAGUGUUACAAAGACGGUUUUCUAUUUUUAUAUUGUCUGAACGACUUGAGUUGGUCCCACUAUGCAAUUCCUAUACCGUUACAAAAAUAUGCUCCUAAUAUAAGCCGCUCUGUAUUCGAUGUAUACACAGGUGAACGCUUUGACUUUCAUAUACUAAGAAUGGUCAAGUUUUGUUUGUCUAACGCAGAGCCUAUCUCGUUAUCUCUUUUAUAUUUAUAUGUAUAUUUGCAGUAUGCUACUUCUUGUGUGACGCUUCAUAACGCUGUCUUAUGGCAUCCAAUGCAGCCAGGGUUUCCGCCUUCACGAAGGAUAUAUGCUGUGGAAGUUGUUAAAAUGAGUAAUUGUUACCUUUGUCAACAGUCUUCAAGCAAAUGUCAGUGUGUGCAGAACCAACGAAGAUUGAACUUGUCUUCCAGUCGCACAACUCAAGUCAGGAUAAACUCUAGCGAAAGAGAAUGGACGUCAAGUGGUUCAAAGUCAUCGACGAGGACUCCAUUAGAUAAUGGGAAAAGAGCAAGUAGUAGCGAAUAUUCACAUUCCAGUUCAGUAACUGACUUAAACACUGGAAGCAGUUCUUCAGCUAACCUUAAUUAUGUCGUUGAUCCCAACACGAUAAAGACCCUUUUUGGUCCCUGGAAAGGAACAAAGAGAGUUAUUGUUUAUAAUCCAAAUACUGGUCAGAUUCAAAGAGAGCAGAGGAGUUUUUUCCGUUUACAACUCGAUUGGGCAGCAGCUUUGGAAGUUCGUCAAGUACAGACCAAAGUUGUUACGGGACUAUUUAAUAAUCUAUUCAAUCCGACUUCAGAUCUUUUACUGUCAUUUCCUGAACAAGAAAAGCAACUCAAUUCUCAGUGUAUUGACUUUACAGAAGCAGCGAGUAUUGUUGACGACUGUAUUUGAAUGAAUCUUUAGACUUUCCAA